CUUUAAACUUGUGCGAAGUUUUUUAACGUCUGUUUAUUUUUUCUUCAGUCAGAGCGGAGAACCAGCGAUGGCCAAACUUUGUGCAGUGAUUUCCAGUUUGUUGCUGACAGUCGGAGUCGUGGCGGCCCAGACAGAUCAGACUCAGAUCAGCGAGCGUCUGCUGCCUCAGUGGCUCACUGGCAUCAUCGCCGUCUCCAUCUUCCUCUUCCUCAGCUUCGUCGUCUUCCUGGUGAAGAAGGCCUGGUGUGAGGAGCCCAGCAGGAGGAAGGUCAGUGUGGUGUCCGACAAAGAUAAUGACUACGCUAUGACCAUCGAAAACGCCUACGAGACCAACGAAAACGCCUACGAGACCUCCCUGGAUAUGGUCAGGAGCAAAGAAAACACGAACGCCUACAACAACCUGGUGAUUGACAGCACUGAUGACAAAGUUACCUCCAUGUGACUUUCCUGCAUUGAUUCUAUUGGCUGUCUGAGCGUUAUCUUCACCAACUCUGGACGGAGAGACACAAAACACAGAAAAUUAUUUUUAGAGAAACACGUACAUUUUACAGAUGUUUUUAAAAUGUGUCUUUGUUUCGUCGUACCUUUUGUCUCUUUAUUAAUUAAUAAUUAAUUUACUUACACACUUCUGUGACCGUUUUCAUUUUAUCUUCAAAUGCAGCAAGAUUACAUGAAUUAUCAAUAUAUUAGUUGUUGUUUUUCAGACUGUUUGAAUGGUCUACAGUUGCCUCUUGAUGCAGAGAUUCAGAGCAGUAAACAAGAGGAAAAGCAGCCGUCGCCUGUGAUCUUUGUGCUCAUUAAUAAGUUAUCUUUUCUAACAAA